AAAACGGAUGAGAGUGAACGCCUGGGCGCACGCGCGCGCGGGCGGGUCAGACGGCCAGGCCGAGGGGACUGCGCGCCCACCCGCCCACCCUCCCUAUUUGUCCAGAUGACCCAUCCCGGUCCCAGCGAUCCCCUCCCCCGAACCACUCGGUCCACAGCCAGUUCCCGCGUACCAGGAUAAACUAAGCAGUCACUGCCCUGCUUCUUCCUGCUCAUCGGCGUCCCCUGUCUCCCAGUGGAAGCCAAGGAGGGGUUGCGCGGCAGCCGGGUGGGUAUGGGAGAUGCCUGGCGGUUUCGCGCUUUUUCCGCCUUUUGAUUGCGAGUGGGAGCAGCGCGCUAAGGAGAGCUGCAAGGGGAAUAGCCCGCCAAGGUGCUUCGGUGUGUGGCCAUUGCUGCCCUUCUGCCGCUGAUGGGUCGGCGGCGGUGGCGGGACGUGCAUCCAGGCGGGAUCCAGCGGCAGCAGCAGAGAGAGCUCCACCCUGAUGAUGCAGAGGCCCAGCUUCCAGCUGACUGCAAGUCGCAGAGCAGGCUGCACCCGCGUCUGCGUGAGGUCUAGAGGGACUUGGCCUGCUCCGCAAAUGAUCCAACUUCGUGGAGGGGCUGGCGAACACAGACAAUGCCAGCCUGGACGAGGAAGGGGCCAGCACUGCUUAGGCCUGUUUCCCAGGACGCGCAUUACUGGGUGCGGAACUUUACCCCUCAGAUGAAGAGUAUUUAGGCCUGUUUCCCAGGAGGCGCAUUACUGGGUGUGGAACUUUACCCUUCGGAUGAAGACUCCAGAGUUGGGUAUCUCCAAAGUGAUAAUCAAAUCAUCUUCUUGAGGGAAAGAAGCUGAAGUGCUACAUAAGAUGCUUGUGCUUCAUGACACUCAGAAGCUGCAGAUUCUGUAUAAAUCCUUAGAAAAGAGCAUCCCUGAAUCCAUAAAGGUAUAUGGCGCCAUUUUCAACAUAAAAGAUAAAAACCCUUUCAACAUGGAGGUGCUGGUAGAUGCCUGGCCAGAUUACCAGAUCGUCAUUACCCGGCCUCAGAAACAGGAGAUGAAAGAUGACCAGGAUCAUUAUACCAACACUUACCACAUCUUCACCAAAGCUCUUGACAAAUUAGAGGAAGUCCUGUCAUACUCCAAUGUAAUCAGCUGGGAGCAAACUUUGCAGAUCCAAGGUUGCCAAGAGGGCUUGGAUGAAGCGAUAAGAAAGGUUGCAACUUCAAAAUCAGUGCAGGUAGAUUACAUGAAAACCAUCCUCUUUAUACCGGAAUUACCAAAGAAACACAAGACCUCAAGUAAUGACAAGAUGGAGUUAUUUGAAGUGGAUGAUGAUAACAAGGAAGGAAACUUUUCAAACAUGUUCUUAGAUGCUUCACAUGCAGGUCUUGUAAAUGAACACUGGGCCUUUGGGAAAAAUGAGAGGAGCUUGAAAUAUAUUGAACGCUGCCUCCAGGAUUUUCUAGGAUUUGGUGUGCUGGGUCCAGAGGGCCAGCUUGUCUCUUGGAUUGUGAUGGAACAGUCCUGUGAGUUGAGAAUGGGUUAUACUGUCCCCAAAUACAGACACCAAGGCAACAUGUUGCAAAUUGGUUAUCAUCUUGAAAAGUAUCUUUCUCAGAAAGAAAUCCCAUUUUAUUUCCAUGUGGCAGAUAAUAAUGAGAAAAGCCUACAGGCACUGAACAAUUUGGGGUUUAAGAUUUGUCCUUGUGGCUGGCAUCAGUGGAAAUGCACCCCCAAGAAAUAUUGUUGAUUGAUUCCACUGUCCAUUUCAAAUCUUUCUUAUCAGUAAAAAAAAUUAAUUCAAACACAAGCAUUGUGAUCUACAUUAGCACAAAAUGCAACUGAUUAUCUAGGAUCUGUGUAUUACUUAAGCUCACCCUUAACAUUUUUACCUUCCUUCUCCUCUGUAUUCUUACAGAAAAUUAGAAGCUCAAUCUUAUGGUCUCAUAAUUUCCUUUAUGAUGACAGACAUCUCAGAAUUAAAAUCACCCAAUGCCAAUCAUUAGUGCCAAGAUAACCCUUUAAUGGCAACACUUUCUUAAAUGAAGACUAUUUCUUUCAUGAAAAAAUUCACUUUUAUGACUUUCUUGUUAAAAUAAAAAGUCUGCUUUUAAAA